AUGCACGCUGGCUAUCUCGCAUUCACGCUCGCGCUUUCCGCUUCCCUGACAUUGGCCGGUCCAAGUCACGGAACAGCAUUCCAUCGACGGCAUCAUCAACGAGCAGCCAAAGCAUUCGCUCAACCCGCUGGACAACCGAGAGAUUCCCCUGCUCGAUUGGCCAGGCUCGCCUCUCAAACGGAACGUGAUGAACCGAUCCGCCGAAGAAUUAUCCGAGCCGUAAACUCGACCACCAACGCGAAUCUAAAUGACGAAGACGAUUGCGAUGAUGAUGAUGAUGAUGAUGAUGAUGAUGAUGAAACCAACGAUAAUGAUGACAAUUCGAGCGGUUCUGCUGGCUCAGAACACGCCGCUCACGACCCUAUCGGAAAGACAAUGGUCGGAACCACUGACACGAACGACACGAUCGCAACUUGUGCCACGAACGGAGAAUGGAUGUGUCAGGGCAAAAAUCUCCUCCGUUGCAACCACACCACCUGGGUGACUAUCGCGGAAUGCGCUGGUGAUAACCUGGUCUGUUCCGCUGCGCCUCAUCUCGUUGGAUGUGUCUGGUCAUGGGAUCUUUCCAAUAGCACGAUCUCCACGAACACCUCGACGGUCUCCGGCAGCCCUUCAGGAACACCCUCACCAAGCGCAACCCAUGCUCAAUCAGGCAGCUCGUCGAACACCAACACCAACAGCAACACCAACAGCAACACCAACACCAACAACGAUGGCGACGAUGAUGACGAUGACGAUGACGAUGAGGGAGAUUGUGAUGACGACGACGACACGCCGGUUUCCACAAGCGCGAGCUCCGCGGCCUCCGCUACCAUCACCGUCGCUCCAUCUGCUUCACACAUUGGCGGCAACCUUUGGGCUGGAGCAAGUGCGUCUGCCUCAGAAUCCGAAGGCGACGCGCCCUCGGCCACCUCGCAUCACGGUCAUCACCACAAAUCGAAAUCUCAAGAUGACAGCAACUGGUCAGCAUCUGCUUCUGAGUCUGAGUCGGCCUCAGCGUCUGCUUCCGAUGACUCCUGGGGCGCCUCUACGACAGACUCCGCAUCUGCUUCCACGACAACCCUUCGUGGCCAUGGACACAAAUCGACCUCGACCGCAUCACCUUCUCCCACUGGAUACGGUAAUGGCACAUCUGGCGGUGGAGGAUCCAACGGCAAGUUCGCAGCACCCCACUACGUCAUAUACGCGGAUGACUGGCUCGAUCAAAUGCCCUCUGCGAGUGACAUUGGCAACUAUAACCGAUUCAUUCUCGCUUUCUGGAUGUCUGAUCAAGGCGCCGUUGAUGACGCACAAGCCUGGGAGCAAUUUAGCGAUUCGUACCGACAACAAGUGCUCGAUGAGUAUCACGCAGCUGGCAUCGCCCUCAUGGUGUCUGCCUUUGGAUCCACUGAUGCGCCUACCUCCUGGGGUGUGGAUCCCACUCAGUGUGCCACAGAUCUGGCCAAUUGGGUCCAGCAGUACGGUUUGGAUGGGGUAGACAUUGAUUAUGAGGACAUGUCGGCGAUGAACAAUGACCAAGCCGAAAGCUGGAUCAUCACCUUCCAACAGACAUUGAGACAGCAACUGGGAGAUGGAUACCUGAUCUCUCAUGCGCCAGUUGCUCCUUGGUUCACUUCGGCCAACGUUUACGCCGCCGGAGCCUAUGUCAACAUCUGGCAGACUGUGGGAGACACGAUCGAUUUCCUGAAUUUACAAUUCUAUAACCAAGGCGACAUCUACACAGACUGCCAGUCUCUUAUCUUUGACUCUGGCAGCGAUUGGCCAGAUACCAGUGUCAUGCAGAUCAAUUCUUACGCGGGGGUGCCACUGGACAAAAUCGUCAUUGGCAAGCCGAAUAGCCCGAAUGCCGCAGACAAUGGAUACAUGUCACCCGACGAUUUAGCCACAUGUGUCUCCCAAGCCGUGAAUCAAGGGUGGAAUGGCGGAGUCAUGUUCUGGGAAUGGGAAGGUGUCCAAAACGCUCAAAGCCUCAUUGCCAACAUGGUUUCGAUCUCCUGA